AUGGUUGCUCCGGGAACUACGACGUACCUGAAGUGGUCGAAAACUCCCAUUACAUUCGACCAGUCAGAUCACCCGGCGCACGCUGCCACCCCUGGGCGGCAAGUGCUGGUGGUCGACCCAGUCGUUGGGGGCACCCGACUGACUAAAGUUCUCAUGGAUGGUGGCAAUGGUCUGAACAUUCUUUAUGCUGAGACCCUCCAGGGGAUGGGCAUUCCGAUGUCCCAACUCAGUGAGAGAAACAUGCAGUUCCAUGGAAUCAUCCCAGGAAAGAAAGCAAAGUCACUCAGACAGAUUGCUCUUGAUGUGGUUUUCGGUGAUUCCAAGAAUUUCCGCAAAGAGAAGUUGACGUUUGAGGCCCACAUAUGCUCGUUUCAUGGCCCGUCCAUGUUACGUGUAUCUGAAGUUCAAGAUGCCGGGCCCAAAGGUGUGAUUACAGUCACUGGGAAUAGGCAGAGAGCAGAGGAGUGCCUCCAGAAGGGUUCCAAGAUUGUUGAUGAGCAAAUGGCGGUGGUGGAACUAGAGGUGUACAAGAAAAAUGCCUACCCGAGUGAUUUGUCGCGAGCCAAGAAGCCUACUUCAGAAUACGCAUUUCAGUCGUCCGGUGAGACAAAGCCAGUCCACAUUCACCCGGAAGACCCCUCUGCUGCUCCGAACCAUAUUUCAACGACACUCGGCAGCAAAUAG